GUCAAGGAUGUAUGCGUUAUAAAAAGGACGGCAUCGAAUUUGAUCUGUUUAAACACGCUGUGCUUGGUCUGGAGCAUUUGACAAACAUUCGGAAAAGACGCAUCUAUAACAAGACAAGAAAAGAUAAUUAUAAUCUACAACGCGUUAAUCAUGGAAAUGUCGCCCGUGACAUCGCUUUGGUAUUUACUACUAUGCAUCCAAAUUCUGGGAAUUUGGUCAACAGCAAUACCGGAUGGAAAUAAUACAUUAAAUGGACAGUCUCUUGUUGAAAUGGGCAAUAAAAUCAAGUCGACUGAACUACAAAUGAUUGGAAAAACAAUACUUAACUUGCAAUCUGACAUGAAUAGCACGAUCAGAGCUGAAGUGAUUCAUGAACUUUGUCGGUUACAUAAUUGCACUGAUUGGGGUGUAUGGUCAAAAUGUGAUGUGGCUAUUUUAGGGUUUGGGAGCCGAAACCGUAGCAGGGAGUGUGGAUUUCGAACUGUCCUUUGUGAUAGAGAAGAUUUGCCCAAAAUAGAUUAUGACUUUGAAGUUUGUGAUAGAAAGAUACGUGUAAACAAAAAUUGUUCAGCUGGAUUCACUAAAACCGAGCAUGGGCUCUGUCUUAAAAUGCAUAAAAAUAACGUGUAUCGCCAAACUGCCGAAAAUGUGUGUCGGCGGGAGAAGGGACAUCUCGUCCAAAUAAAUUCAGAAAUUGCAAUGAAUGACAUUGAUAAAUUCAUUGCUGAAAAAUACGGGGAUGGCGGGGGAUGGUGGUGGAUAGACGGUCUAAGGUCAGAGCAAGGUGGUCCAUGGAAAUUCGGAUACGAGACAGAGAAUCAAAAUUUCACAGCCUGGGGAGAUAAGGAGCCAACAAACGGUCCUAAUGACCUUUGCCUCCUUUAUUACCAUAUGGCAUACAAGGGAGGUAAAGCUUGGCGCAUGAAUGAUCACACUUGCAACAAAUACUCUUGGUUUAUAUGCCAGAUUAUUCCUUGAAGCCAUACAUUCUGUCAUAUUGGCUUAUUCAUUAUGUCUUUGUAAAAGAGUCAUGUGCAUAAGAAAUAAAAUUUUCAUAAUUUGACUGACCUUAUAAUCAGAUAUAUUUAGUUAAAGUAUUAACAAGUAACACAAUAAUAUGUAUAAUUGUAUUGUUUGUUUUGUUCCAUUUAUAUAUUUUAAUCAAUACUGAAAUGAUUGAAAGGCUUUACAUGUAUGACAAACUUAAUCGACCGGUUAAAAUAUAUAAUAAUACAAAAUACAGACAUAAAAUAAAAAUGUAUAAUCAUGAAAUUAGUAUCACCGAUUUAUUUUCGAAUCAUGGAACACUUACCUUGUAUGCCGUACAAAAUUUUGCUUAAUAUUUUUAGUAGUAAAGUGUUUUAUUAUGUUUAUACAAAAUUGUAAAGAAUUAUUGGUUAGAAGUCAAAACGAAAACAUUUAUAUUGCCAUUAACAUAAUUAUUAGACUUAAAAAAUGAAUAUAUAAUUAUUUUAUAUAAUUUGAAUAUGUCAAGUCCAUAUUAUUAAUGUAACGAUUUUAUACUUUCAAGUUAAUAUAAUCAACUAUGUAAUAACUUUGUGUUAAAAAACUAUUUUGAUAAUGAACAUUUAUAUGGUAACAACUGUUUUAUAUUUCCUUUUUAAAAGGACCAAAUAAAUCCAUUUUUUUCUGAAAGAAGAACCUAAUUAUUAAUUACUUUUAUCAUGUAAUAUUAUGUCAAUUUUUCUUUGCGUUAAUUUAAACUUAUGAAUACUGUUGUACUAACAUAUUUGUUUGAAUUGUAUCUGUCAAAUUUGACGUCUGAUUGUAUUUUAUAAAUGUAAAGCACGUUUUAACUGUUUUGUUUUUCGAAAAAUAGGAUAUUAACAUACUCUACAACAUUUCAAAUUAUAAUGCAAUUUUGUAUCACAAAAACAAUUUGUUAAGGUUAAUUGAAUUUUGAAUAAUUUGAUGUAAAGGUCAAAAAAUAUUAUUGCAGAUUUUUAUAUGAUUUGCUGCAUUUUGAAUAAUUUGAUGUUGAAGAAUAUCUUUGCGUGUUGGACGAAUGUUUUUAAAUAAACAUUUUCGCAACCGACAAAUUGAUCUACUAGAUAUACACUUCUGCCAAUGAUAUUAUAAGGAUAGGAUUAAAUGAUAGUUAAAUUUUCUUCGGAACGUUUUUAGAAACUUUCAUAAAUAUCACCAACACCUAUGAAGAGGGGUGAAAGUUUCUGUUUUUAACACUAUUCGAAAUUUUUAUCAAAUAUUAAAGAGAAAAAUGACAAGUUUCUUAAGUUUAGAAAACUAAAUUCCUUAAGACACGCCGAAUGUCAAUAUUCAAAAUUUACAGGCUCGGUUUAUUUGAGCCUGUAUAUUGAUGGUACUAGUGCAAUUUACCAUAAUAUCCUCCCAUUACACCGACUAAACCACUUUCAAUUGUUAUCGAACCAUACAACAAUUGCAGAUGCAUGACGUUUCUUACUUGUUUUUUAAGUUAUCACUUCAUCUAAAUCUAUAAAGGUUUGAAUAAAAUUAAAGUAAUAUAAUGUAAGACUUCUGUUUUAAGCCGUGUCUCACUAAAAGAUCAUUUCUUGAAGACAUGUUGUUCUAAAUUAUCUUCAAUGAUUCUUUUUAGAACUUUGAGAAAUUGGCGUAGAUAUUGAUAGAUUUCAUAACAGGUACUUUUCUGCAUAUCCUUCGUGACUAAAAGAUGGUAUUAAAAUGAAUAAUACGUUUAACAUUAAAUGAAGAUCUGUAAUUAACAAACCUUGAUCAGAUUAAUCGAAAAGAUAAGAUCAAUUAUAUUUCGUU